GAGUAUCCCAGUUGGGAAAUAUUUCACCCUAAGCCCAUCCUGAAAUGGGAGGGGGUGGGAGGAAGCAAAUACAAAAACUCCACUACCAAAAUCUAUGUCAACAGAGUGAUGAGGUAGAUAGAACAAGACGUGCACAGAGAACGGAUUUGUCUUUUUUUGCCGCCCUGAAGAGAAGCGAUUUUAUUUUUCCACGGGAAUUAAGUUUAUUUUGCUUUGAAUCCGUUUUUGAACUUCAGCAGAUCCCCUCGGAGUUUGUCGGACUUUAGACGCACGGGGCCAAUGUCAAAAGAGGCAAAACCAGAGAGCAUGUCUCUGCAUCCUCUGGGAGGAGGGGCAGAGGUCACCACGGAGCAAGAGCCCUUGUGCGUUUUUGGGACGGGAGACAUGGGACGCUCUCUGGGCCAGCGCCUGCUGCAGACGGGCUACAAGGUCGCCUACGGCAGCCGCAGACCUCUCGGCUGCGGCCCUGUGCCUCAAGGAGCUCAGGUGAUGAGCUAUGCAGACGCAGCCCAGUUGGCCAGCGUGGUCUUCGUGUGCAUACACAGAGAACACUACGGCUUGAUGGAGAAACUCAGCUCACAACUGAAGGGGAAGGUGCUGGUGGAUGUCAGCAACAACCCUGAGCAGAAUCUGUACCCGGAGGCCAACGCUGUAUAUCUGCAGAGACUACUUCCUGGAUCGCAUGUGGUGAAAGCCUUCAACACCUUAUCUGCCUGGGCUCUUCAGAACGGGCCUUCCGACGCUUGUAGACAGGUCUACGUGUGUGGCAACAGUGCAGAGGCCAAGCAGGCUGUUGCAGAGGUGGCCACCAAGAUGGGCUUGACAGUUUUGGACAGGGGGUCUCUGUCAGCAUCCCAAGAGCUGGAGGACUUCCCGCUGCAGCUGUUCCCCGAGUGGAGGCUGCCUCUCCAAAUUGCCGUCGGCCUGACCGCCUUCUUCUUCUUCUACGUGCUUAUCAGAGAUGUCAUCUACUCUUACGUGGAUCAGGGCAAAGACAUCUCCUUCAGAAUCAUGGUGUCCCUGGCCAACAAGGUGUUUCCAAUCGUGUCGCUGAUCAUGUUAUCCUUGUGUUACUUGCCUGGUGUUAUAGCUGCCUUCCUUCAGCUAUACAGGGGUACCAAAUACAGGCGCUUCCCUGAUUGGCUGGAUCGCUGGAUGCUGUGCAGGAAGCAGCUGGGGCUGCUGGCACUCGCCCUUGCCUUUCUUCACGUGCUCUACACGCUAAUCAUCCCAAUAAGAUAUUAUGUAAGAUUCAAGAGUUGGGAAUACGUUAUCACACAGGUCAAGGAGAACCAAACGUCAAAGUUUGACACAACCGUGGCCUGGCGAAGUGACUCCUACCUCUCUGUGGGCAUUCUGGGAUUUGGCCUGUACGUCCUGCUGGGAAUCACAUCCUUGCCUUCGGUCAGCAACGCUCUCAGCUGGAGAGAAUUCAGCUAUGUCCAGUCGAAGCUGGGCCACGUGACCUUGUUCCUCUGUACCCUUCACACUUACCUGUACGGCUGGGACAGGUUUCUGCGACCCUCCACGUAUAAGUGGUACACACCUCCGGGCUUCAUGCUCAGUCUGGUGGUGCCCUCAGUGGUGCUGGUGCUCAAGGUGCUGCUCCUCGUGCCGUGCGUGGACCGCAGCGUCACUCGAAUUCGACGGGGCUGGGAGAGGACGCAACCUGAUGAGGAGAAAACACUUCUUACAUAGGAAGAGUGUGCCAGAAAAUAUACAGAAGUUUGUUGGAAUUAACGAGCAUAACAGUGAAAACAGAUUAAGCAUUUCAUUAAUUGUUCCAAAGUCCAACUUUGUACAAUAAUGUUCCUGCUGACUCUCCAUGUCCUUUUUUCUGCUUUGUGUGGCAGUGGACCCCGAUGCUAGUCACCAUUGUAACGAGCGUAAAAGGUGUAUGGUGUUUUUUUAUUCGCAUUCAUUUUUUUAGUAUUGGCUUUACUUGAUGAUUUCUGUCUUGCAACAAGUGGUGGUGGAAAAAAAACAAGACAUUGAUUGCAUUGAUCUACAGUACAUUGCCUUCUAUCCAGUGGUGGUUUCUGGUCUGUGCAAUAUGUGCAGCCCCGUAGGGCUACCUGGCCAAAAAUAAAAAUAAAAGAAAAUGUGAAAUUCUUUUUUUCAAUGUGAUUUAAAACCACAUUUUCAAGCUUCUAUACCACAGCGGUGCAGUAUUUCUCUUUGCCCAACUCACAGAGUUUCACAAUCUUUUGCUAUUUCUGAUUCACUGCUUUGUGUAACCGAAUUAAAGUGAGAGCGGCAGGGGAUGGGUGAGCACGUCGGACUUGGUCAAUUUGGUGUGUUCUGGCUCCUCUCAAACAUUUACCAUGGAAGUACAGAGAAGGCAAAAGGUUAAUCUGCGGAAUACCUGUAGUUGCAAAAGUGUUUAUACCACCCCCCCCACCACUCCUCCCUUACCCUAAAAAAUGUCUUUGUGCUCUGUAGUGAAAAGAAAGAUUUUCGCAAGAUGGAGGGAACAAUAGAUUGGGACUCAGCCAAGCUAUAAUGGAGACAAAUACUUUUUUUAUUAUCUAUAGCUGAUGAGCUGAGUUUCAAAUGUACAUAAACAGCAUUUUUUAAAAUUUUUGUACAGAGCACCCACAUGUUUAUAUCCUACACUCUCAUUCGCGAUUGAGCCAAACAAUAUUUAUUGAGCAAGAUGUCUACUACAGUACUGGUAAUGUUUGGGAAGCACCUUGGUCGACCAAUUUAUCUUUUUAUUUCUGCUUCUGUUUUCAUAUGUCUUGCAAUCAUGGUGAUUUACCCAUUUCUAUUCGGGUCUAUGCAUUUAUGCUCUCAGAUUUAACUUUGUCCUUCUAGUGUUCGCAUAUGAAUUGAACCAACCAGUGAAAUGUACUUGCAAUUAAAAUACACUAUAGUGAUAGAACUGCA